AUGACCCGUUUUGUCCCCGUGACCAAAGUCGCAGGCAAAUUCAAAAUCCUGGAAGAAAACGCUGUAUCUCGUAUAAUGGAUAUUUUAGAUCCUUUAGAUACAAGCGAUGGGGAAAUUAUGGAGGCCAAAGUUAUAAAUAUUAAGAAUUCAAUGGAGAGUGAUGAUGAACAGAAUGUUGAACACCUUUCCCCUCAAACACUGCUUGAAACGCCAGAACCAGAAGUACAAUAUUCUUUGAGAUCUCCCGAAGGGUCUAUGAUAACUUACCGUGUAUUGCAAGUGGAAGAUGGAACAGACUCAUCACCACCCCAACUAAUAACCACAACAGCUCAGAAUUUUUCAUCCUCAGCUGUGCCUCAGGUUUUAACUAAUAAUUUAAAUGGACAAAUUUAUGUAAUAGGAAAUCCAGGAGACGUUUUUACAUCUCAAAGUGCCGCAGCUCGUGCUAUUGCCCCUAGGUCUACUGAUAGUCCUGUUGUUGUCCAGGUUAAGAAAAGAGAUGAACGAAGACGAGCAACCCACAACGAAGUUGAAAGGCGACGGAGGGACAAAAUAAAUAAUUGGAUUACUAAAUUGUCAAAGAUAAUUCCGGAGAAUUCACAUGAUAUGAAAACUGGUGGACAAUAUGACGGCCAUUCUAAAGGUGGCAUCCUAGCCAAGGCGUUUGAAUAUAUUUUGGAGCUGCAAAAUACAGAAAAGGGGUUGGAAUCAUGUUUGAAAGAAAAUAAAAAAUUAUCCCAUACUGUAGAAAUGUUAAAACAGAAAAAUUUCAAUCUCGAAAGGGAGAAUAAAGAACUAAGAGACUUAUUAAAACGAAAUGGUGUGGAAAUGUCCAAUUCAUAGCUUAAGAGCCUUUAGGGUUUAUGUGCAUAUUAAAUAUUUGACAUAUUACAAGUGUGACCUGAGAGACCAAUUGCUGUCGUUUGGGUGUAUAUUGAAAACCACUCAUCGGUGAUUUCGUUAAAAAUUUGGUUAUUUUUAUGUUUUGCAAAAGAUUGUGUAGCACAUAUCUUAUUAACAAUCUAUAGAGUUAUGAGAAAUUCUCGAAAUGCUAAGGGCUGACUGAAGCGUAGAUUGUGGAUUGAAAAUUAUUCUAAAUCUCGGAUUUUAUCGAUGAAGAAAAACUGACUAUAUCCAAAGUACGCAAACCUGUAUGAUUUCAAGCAUUAAGAUAAUAAGCAAGAUGUCAAACGCAGUGCACUUCCAAUAUAAUUUUUGUAAACUGUUGUUUCAUUUUGUCAGUAUCGUUUACAGUUAUAGAGGUAAUUGAGCUCUUUUGAUUGGUCUAUUCUUUGGUAUACACUUGAGACAAUUGAAAUGCCUCUAAAAUGAUUUAAUUACGUUGGACCAGUCAAACACAAAAUGCUCACCAAUGUUUUGUAAUUCGAAGAUCAAUCUUAAACUUUCCCUAAAAUUAAUGGAAUGGUAAAAUUUUCAAAAAAUCACAACCAAUCACUGAAAUCAUUUCUCAACUGUUAUCAGUGAGUAGUUUUCUAGUUUAGUGGCAUUUUAUCGAUAAUGGCCCAGCCACUCAAUUUGGGAUUGUAAAUUUUUUGUCGGUCAAUUCUAUUAGCAUGCACUUUUUAAAAAAGUGCAUUGUGGAAUCUAGAUUCCUGUUUUCAUAGUGUAAAUAUUUAAAAUGCAUCGAACCAGCAAUUUUAUAAGUUCUUGUUUAAUUAUUGUUAUUUUUUAUUUUUUUAUGAUAUACCUAGUGUUGUAAAAAAGGAGUUUUGAGUUUGAAGAAUUUAUUGCCAAUUAUGUUUUAGAUAAUUGUAUAAUUUCUGUUGAAUAUAAUUAAGUUAAAACUAUAUUUUGUUUGUCCCUCCAUUAAGA